GGUUCAUGGAGGCUGCUCGUGGGACAGGCAGGGGUUCGUACAUCUGGGGUCGGAGUGUACACAAUAUACGCAUCGAGCGGUUAUGGGUCGACUUUACAAACGGGAUAGGAUCCAAAUGGAAGAAGUUUUUUCAAGAUCUCGAACUUAGUAGUGGUCUUGACGCUGAUAACCCUCAUCACAUAUGGCUGGUCCAUUACCUUUUCCUCACAACCCUCAAUUCCGAAAUUCACGCAUGGGCUGAAACUUGGAACAACCACCGCAUGAGUACUGCUGAACAUGGUAUCACAAGCCCGCACCAACUGCGCUACCUCAGCAUGCUCCAGCAUGGUGCACGUGGCUUUGAGCCAUGCACAUUUCAUGCCCCAGAAGAUGUACUUGAGGGUGACAGUCUGGAAGAAUAUGGUAUUGAUUGGGAUGCCAUUGACAGUUCCCGAAUUCGUUCUCACCACAAUACUUCCAACCAACCAGACGACCUCGCCGACAAUCCAUUUAUAGCCUAUAGGCCUGAGACACUUAAUGAAGUGAACGUGGAUGAACCCAACUGCCCCCUCUCCCCUGCCCAACUUGAGCAGUUGCAUGCCUACCUUUGGCAAUUUCCAGACGAUGGGCAAAAUGUUACUCGCAGGUCUCUUUGGGAACAUGCACUUGCUAAGUGUAUUCAAUUAAUAUCAUAG